AUGAAGAACAAGGAAGGUUGGGACGGGAAAUUACGGGUCGAACCCAAGGCGGUCAUCACUAAUCCAGAGGCCCUGGAGGACUCGGACUAUUCUGACCCAGAGGCCCCGCCGGUUGAGGAGAUUGACGCUGACGAAGACUUGUUAGCCGAUGAGGAUGUCAAUGCAGAGGAUAUUGAUCUGGUCCAUCUCCGCAUAUCGUCGAUCGCAGCGCUACGGUUGGAACGAUUCACCAAGCUUCAGUGGACUGACAAGGGGAAUACACAGAGAUUAUGUCUGCGCCAAAACCAAAUAACCCGCAUCAAUUUCCCUCUCAAUGUGGCUGAGACGCUACAAGAGCUCGAUCUCUACGAUAACCUCAUUUCCCAUGUCAAAGGGUUAGGCGAAUUCCGCGAUCUGACCAGUCUGGACCUCAGCUUCAACAAAAUCAAGCAUAUCAAGAAUGUCGAUCACCUCGUCAAGUUGACGGAUCUCUUUUUUGUGCAGAACAAAAUCUCCCGGAUCGAAGGACUGGAAGGGUUGUCCAAAUUGCGAAAUUUAGAGCUGGGAGCGAAUCGGAUCCGAGAAAUCGAGAACUUAGAAACUCUGACAUCGCUAGAAGAGAUCUGGCUUGGCAAGAAUAAGAUCACAGAAAUGAAGAACUUGGACGCCCUCUCCAACCUUCGCAUUAUCUCCAUCCAAUCCAAUCGCUUAACGAAUAUAACCGGCCUUUCGUCUCUCCCAAACCUAGAAGAGCUAUACCUCUCCCACAACGCUGUCACUGAUCUCUCUGGCCUGGAAUCCAACACCACCCUGCGUGUUCUUGACUUCUCCAACAACCAAGUCUCGCACCUAGAGCAUCUGUCCACUCUCAAGAACCUUGAGGAGCUAUGGGCGUCAAACAACCAACUCGCCAGUUUUGACGAGGUCGAGCGCGAGCUCAAGGAUAAAGAGAAGCUGGAGACCGUCUACUUCGAAGGUAACCCGUUGCAGAUGAAUGGGCCGGCCGUAUACCGUAACAAGGUGCGGUUAGCGCUGCCGCAAAUCAAGCAAAUCGAUGCAAGUACGUAUUCCCCUUGA